AAUUACUCGUUAUUGAUAGACUAAUUUAUGUGAAAAUAAACUACAUGUACAUAACGUUCAUACAGAGGAAAAUAGUAGUAUAGGAAAGGGAUUGAUGCGCACACAUGCACCUUUUUGCUGUCAUUUUAGUAAAAGAAAAUUAGCUUAUUUAAUAAGUUAAAACACUUUACAAAUGAUCCAUGUCUCUUCGCCAUGACUUGUAAACACUACAACUUUUACAUCACCUACUAUCAUUCCUUCGAAUGUUCUGUUGAUGGCACUUACAAACAAUGUCAGUUUGUUUAAAGCAUUUAAAAUUCUGUGAGAUACAUUGUUUUAAGCACAAAUCGCCAACAAUAGUUACACAUAAAUUCACUUUUAAAAAGACUUUACAAAGAUCGUCUUGUGGAUUAAAAUAUAUUGAUAAACGAACACCAUCAACAUCAUCAUCAUCGUCUUCUUCGACAGGUUGCAGACGUUUGCCUAAGAAAAAGCAUGAUGGAUUACCAUCCACAGACACAGAAACUAUACCACCUAACAGAAAAGGCAAUGGUCGAUCAAUUUUAUUAACUGGAUUGAAAAAUCGGCGUACACUUGGUCGCCAUCAUAGUGUACAGUACAAUAAAGAAAAUGAACAAUACACUAAAAAUGAUCAAAUUGGUUUAGAUCCAAAUAAAGUUGGCAAAGAGAAUUUGAAUGUUGGUUUACGACGCAAUACUGUCUGUAGUGCUACUGGUGCUUUUAAAUCGAUCAGAACACGUGGUUUGAUGGAGUUGAGAAAGUCUAACAAAAACAAUAAUACUGAACAAACGAAGAAACUAAACUCGGAAAAAUCCAAGUCUAGAGAUGAUUCAGUAGUAGGAUUGAUACAUUUUCGAAAGCUUACUCUAAACGAUAAUAUACGUAAAGUAACCGAAUGGGAUCAAAUUCAGAUUAAAAGUGAGGAGUGUAUUUUCCAACGUCAAUCAUAUAAUCAAAUAGUUGAUGAUCAAUUGGAAGGAAUAAUUACUAGUCAGGAAAGUGAUUUAUACAAGUACAACAGGAAUAAAAGAUUGAUUAAAUGGUCUGUCGUAGAAAGCACCAAAAUGAUGACAGCGCUAUUCUUUGAUGAAUUACCCAUAAUUUUUGAAAAAGAGAUUAACAAUGAGAUAACAAGAAAUGAAAUUCCUACUGAAUACUAUCGUGAUAAUGAUAAUAAUAGUUCCAACGAGAAAGUAAAACCACACUAUAGUCAUUGUUCAGUGAUUUCACUGCCACGAUCUGCAGCCGAUGAAAAACAUUUGGGAGAAUUUCACUUGAAUCAUGAACGUAUUUUUCGUUACUUAUUCAUCCAAGAUUUGAAAGCGGCUUCGUAUUAUCAAGCGAAUUUCUUGGAACGGCAUGGUUUAACAGAAACUGUAAGAGCAACUCUUUGCGAUUGGAUGAUAAGAGUUCAACAAUAUUUAAAGCUGCGCACAGAAUCAUUGCAUCUAGCUGUCAGUUUAGUUGAUCAGUAUACCUGGAGACAAAUUACUUUAUAUCCAUCAGAAUACCAGCUACUUGGUGUUACAGCAAUAUUUAUUGCUGUAAAAUUCGUUGAACGCUUCCCUCCAGCAACUAAAAUUUUGUGUUAUUUGACUGAGGAUUCGUAUAAUUCUAAACAGGUACUAGAUUUUGAAUUUAAAAUGUUAGAAGCGUUGGAUUUUGAUAUCAAUAUACCCUUACCGCAUCACUUUUUAGAUCGUGCAUUUGCAGCUUGUAAUGAUCUAACUCUAACUGGCAAGGCGAAGAUAGAAUUAGUUUGUCGUUAUCUUUUUGAAUUGAACUUAACUGAACUAUCAACUGCAGGUACUUUAGCAAGUGUAAAAUGCGCAGCUGGCGUCUACUUGGCGCGUGAACUUAUACGAUUAGAGUAUGAAAAUGGAAAAAGCGAGACAGAUGAUAUUCAGAUUGGAAAUAAUGGCAGUUUGGGUUUAUCAGUAACAUUUGAAACAUGGCCAAAAGUACUUGGCCUAAGUAUGGGACAUGAAAAUGUUACCAAUCUGUUGCCCAUGGUACUCCUAUAUGUGCAAAGUAUUGUACGAACUUUACCAAUCUCCAAUACAAAUAACAGAAAUUACGAGGCUGCUUUUCAUAAAUUCAGUAAUCGAAGCUAUGGCCGAAUAGCCCAAUCUAGUUUGCUUUUGGACGCUGAUUAUGAUUUCAUUGUACAAGAUAUCAGGAGGAAAAUGACAUCCAACUCAAAGUGGACAAAUAUAGACUGUCAUGAAGAAAUUCGAAACGUACAAAGAAAAACUUUAAGAAUGAAAAUGUAAUAAUUACAGUUAAUCCCCCUGUCAUCCAGAAAGAUUCAAGAUGGAAAUAUUCAGUCCUAUCGAUUACUUACACUUGAACAAAGAUGCGAAGGAGAAAAAAAUCUUCCUUAAUAGUUAAAUGAAUAUUUGCUUCUCCCACCGAUUUAUUCAUCUGACCUUCUACAAUAUAUAUUAUUGCUUUUCUCUGAAAUAAUUACUUUACUGCAUAAAAUUGUAGUAACUUCGAUUCUUCGAAUUCGUUACUUUCGUUAACUACCUACGUUUUUUUUUCUUUUCAUUGAAUGGCAUAAUAUAUAUAUUUUAUCAUUUAGCAUGUAUGAUCUUGUUGAAUACAACUGUAACUUAAUGACUGGUUUGUUCACUGUAAAAAGAUGUUAACGAUUCAAACACUUUGUUCAUUGUUUAAAACCUUAGUAGAUCACUUGAAUGAAUUAGGCAUACUUCUUAGUUCGAUUUGGCGAUAAUAUUUCAAGUCAAUAUUAGAGUUUGUAGAAAUGUCCAUGACUGAUUGACAGACUAACAACGUAAACCAGGUAGCUAGAAUAUAUUACUUGAAGUUGAUCAUAUCAAUAAAUUACUGAAGACUGUCAUCUUAACACCACAGGAACGAGUUUAGAAUUAUAAAUUCAAAUUUACAAUUCAUCACUGCUACGAUGAUCUGGUAUAACUUUAAGCCGUAAACUUAUUUUAAU